AGGAAGUAAACAGAAGUGAACUGACUCAGCUAAAUAACUAGCACGUUUUUAGCUUGUUCUGCGGUUUAGUUUCGCGUAAAAUGUGCCUCACUGUGGGGUUAAUUCCUUGCUUUGUGAUUUAGCGGGAUUACUGACAGAAUUGUGAGGACACACUGUUUGCUAAACGGAGGAGGAAAAAUGUUGGUGUUUGCUUUGAGAGCUGCACGAAGAGUUCGUGGUGUCAGAGCAAAAACAAACAUCGGAGCUUCGAACGAAAGAAACGCUCUGAAAUUACACAUCAACUGUGCGUUAAAUUCUCAACCACACAACCCAAAGGUACCAAAGUCGCCAACAUGGGAACCAGUACCAGAGGACCAGCUUCCCCCACCUACACACAUUCCUGCCAACCUGGUGGACAAACUGGAGCGGUUGGCAUUGGUGGAUUUCCGCACCAAACAGGGACUGGUCUGUUUGGAGCAAGCAGUCCGAUUUGCAGACCAGCUUCAUGUUUUGGACACAACAGGUGUUGAACCAAUGGACUCUGUUCUGGAGGACAGGGCAUUACACCUGAGGGGUGAUGCAGUAAUAGAGGGUGACAGUGCAGAAGAACUGCUUCAGCUCUCCAAAAGCACAGCUGAAGAAUACUUUGUGGCACCACCUGGAAAUAUUCCACUACCACAGAGGGAGAAGAGGGCUGCCAUCCUAAAACACUCGGAGUUCUGAUGUUAAGUUGUUAUUGAUAUUACACAUUUUUAUGCUAGAAAUAAUGUUUUUCACAAAUCAGUCUGUUUAAGUCUGUCAGUUGGAGCCACAGUAAUGCUGAUAUGUUGCUAUUAAAUAAAAGCACUUAAAAACUGA